UGAAGAAGAUGAUGAAAUAUUAGGCCAGAAGAUGGACAAGUUGCUUUGUGAUGAGCUUGUGCAAGAAGUUUUCCAACGACUGCCACCAUCGUCUUCCUCUGUUUCUCUGGUCUCCAAGCGCUGGCUUCACCUCCACCGCACCUCCAGAACCUCCCUCACUCUCCGUCUCACCGGAGACGAUCCCACAGUCGCUUCUAUAUCCACCCUCCUCUCUCACUACCCUUUCCUCUCUUGCCUCUCUAUUUUGUCAUCUAAUCCCAGAAGCAAGACCAGUUUAGCUGAUCAGUUCCUUCUGUUGGUCUGUACCUUCUGUGCCAAGCUUCACAGCCUGAGGUUCUUGGCUGGUCCAGUUUCAGCGUCCUCCCUCACUUCUCUCUCUGCAGCAUGUACCCAACUCACCUCUCUAUGUAUCAACCUCUCCAGGCCUUUCUUCCUCAUGUGGAUCAUCAAUUUUCCAAAAUUGAGAGACUUGUCAAUCAGGGUCUGCUCUGGGGAAAUUGGGGUUGAACAACAAGAUGAUUGUGGGUUUCUUGCAGAUGAGGAUUCUGGCGCUGAAUUGGGUUUAGAGAGUCUUUGUUUAUCUGGGAUUGGAGCUGGUGAUUGGGGAUUGGGUUGGCUUUGGAGGAGCUGUAGAAAGCUGAAGAAAUUGCAGCUGAAGAGCUGUGAGGGAGUUGGGGAUGGAGGUUCGUUUUCCUCAUUUACUACUUGCUUGCAGGGUGUUCAAGAAGUGGAGCUCAGGACUAGUAGGAGUAUACUCGAUGGGGUUCUGUUGAAAUUGGCCGAAAAUUGUGAUUCUCUAACUUCUCUUUUGGUUUAUGAUGGUGGUAGCCGGGAGGCUCUUCUCAGGUUCUUUAGCCAAUGCCACUGCAAUUUGCAGAAACUUGAUUUUCGAUUGCCUCUUGACCUUAAGAAUGAUCAUCUCUUGGCUGUUUCUACCAAUUUCAGAAGCCUUUCGAUUCUUAGGCUUCAGAGUUGUUGUCUUGUCAGUGGUGAAGGCCUAAAGGCCCUUGGGACUGCUGUGAAUUGUGGCCUUGAAGAAUUGGCACUAAUAAACUGUGAUGUAGUUGAAAGGGAACCAGGGUUGUUGUCCGCAUUAGGACAAAAUUUGAGGAAACUGAGGAAAUUGGAUUUGUCGCACAAUGAAAUGUUGCUUGACAAGGAAUUCAUGUCAAUGCUAGUUUCGUGUAACUAUUUGGUUGAUUUGAGGGUCAGAGGGUGUAAGGGGCUUACUAAUGCAUCUAUCUUUUCUAUGAUAAAGAGUUGUAAGUGUUUGGAGAGAGUUGAUAUUAUGCACUGUUCUGGGAUUCAGGCUGAAGCGAUUGAGUCUUUUGUUGUGAACUCUCCUCAGCUGAAAUGGGUACAGGUGGAGCAAAGCAAGAUAUCAGAUGCUGCAAAGACAUGGGCGUCCCAUAAGUUUAUAGAAGCUGUUGCUUGAGACACAUGAUUUAUGUUAGUAAAUGUUCCUAAUAAAACAGGUAUUUAUCAAAGGUCUCAACACUUGGUAUGUUUUCCAUUGUAAAUGCUUUCUUGUUAUAAGUUAUGGAUCAUAAGUUCAGCUUAUGCAAUGAGAAUUCUGUAAUUGUAUUUAUGUGUACAGGAU